AUUUUUUUCUUGCCCUUCAAACACAUAAAAGCUGUAUUGAUCUAAUUCUCAAUGCUUGCACAUUUCUCAUCCCUUCAUGUCAAAGAACACUGCUAAGAAAGGAAAGGGUGUUGAUAGCUCUUCGGCAAAAGGGCCUGCCAAAGGAGGGAAUGCUUCAGGUGCAAAGAGUUCUGGAAGUCUCAAUAACAAAGGCGGUAAAGGUGUGCCUCAGGACGAACCUGCUGCUCCUCAGAUAUCAAAGGCAGUCUUCCCAGGUUGGACAGGGAAAACACCAUCGUCACUGCUUCACGAGCAUUGUCAGAAAUUGGGCUGGGAGAAGCCAAAUUUCGAUGUGACACGCAACUCUAGAGGAUUUGUGGCAACAGUAAUUCUUGGAAAAAGAAACAAAAAGACUGGACAAAUUGAAACUGCAACGUUUACACCUCAGGAUAUCUAUAAACCAACAGCAGUAGAGGCACGGCACUAUGGGGCUACCUAUGCUCUGCAUAGAGUCAAUAGUCAUAAGAACUUGAUGAUGGUCUUACCACCAGGUCCUCGUGACCUUUGGUCACAGCUGGAUGCUGAGAAAGCAAAGGCAGGUCCCAGCGAACAACAUCUCUAUCUUCCAGACCCUUUUAUUAGUCAGACGGCAAAAUUACAACUACAGCAACAACAGAUUCAACAGGCUCUUCAGGAGCAAGCGAGGAUUAGAGCAGCUACCCCUGUCAAAGAUACUUCGCAGGAAACCGCCGUCAACUAUGGUCCUAGUGAAUAUGCCAGUCGAUCAUCGCUUACUGGACAAGCUGAUGAUGAGAAACAAAAGAAAGCAUGGGACAAAUUGCCUAUGGUUCAUAUGAAUCAAGAAAUGCGAGCUGAAGUCGAAGAUGUCAUCAAGAAGCAGAUGGCUGGUGAGCUAUAUCAAACCUACAUCGAAGAAUAUGGUACUCAUGGUGAACCAUUAUACAACACUACCCUCUCGAAAGCCCUUACACGCAUGGGCUUCCGCGAUCGACAUAUUGCUGAAGCGAUGCAGUACUGCAAUGAUCAAGCGUCUGCUUUGGAUUGGCUCUGUUUACAUGUGCCAGAGGACGAUCUGCCUCCCAGCUUCCUUCAGUCCAACUACAACCCCACGAUCACAACCAGCAGUCACACAUCGGUAUCUUUAGGCCGUGAGUACGCUAUUAAAAGACUUUCAGCUAUUGGAUUUACAUCAGCUAUUUGCGGACAGGUAUAUGAUAUGGUUGGAGGCGACGAGGAUAAAGCUAUGGAUGAGCUAUUCAAGCGUCUUGCUUUCCCCAAGGGGCAAAUCCCUGAAGACAUGGUGCAGGACAUUCCAAUGGAGCCUGAAUCCCCAGAGCAACUGCGUGAGCUUCGAGAAGAUGAGAUGCUGGCGUUAGAGAGUAUCUAUGAUGACCGCUUCACCCGUGAUGGCGAUUCCUGCGCGAAAAUUAAGCUCGAAACAACGUUGCACAGUACUAAAAAUGCGCCAAAGAUCGAGCUCGAGAUCCGGAUACCAGGAUCCUCAACUUAUCCUUUCAAUCAGCCGCCUCUUUUCAUCAUUAACGAGUCAGAUCUUCCAUCAUACCUUCGCCUCAGUAUCAUCCAAAAAACCAUGCAGUACGCCUAUCGCGCCAUGGUACAGGCCAUGGGUGGUCCAAUCGUUUAUGAUGUUGUGGAAUGGGUCCAGGAUAAUCUUAAAGAUAUCCUGGAUAAUCCACCCAGUCUUGUACAGCUCACUGAAGGCCUCAUCAAGAUUGAUCUUACUCAGGAUACGGAGAACCAAGAACCUUUGGCUGCUUUGAACGACGGAAGUGUAGCAGAGCCACUUCUUAUCAAGCCCACAAACAUGAAGCCUUCUCCUAAUAGUUUGCCAACACAGAAGGACAAUAAGAGGGCCAUUCGCCGAUUAAACAUCAAACCUAACAGUCCGGGAUCACUUACUAUGCUAAAGGAGUAUGAGCAGCGGAUGUCAAAGGACAUUUCCUUCCAGGCUUUGCAGAUAGCGCGCGCUAAGCUGCCUGCUUGGGGCUUCAAGGAUCAAUUGGUGAAGGCAGUGAAGGAUAACUCUGUUGUAAUUGUGUGUGGAGAAACAGGGUGCGGUAAGACAACACAGGUACCCCAGUUCAUAUUGGACAACUGGAUUCAAGAGAGUAUUGGAGAGUAUGCCAAUAUUGUUUGCACACAACCUCGUCGAAUCGCCGCUAUAGGAGUGGCUGAGCGCGUGGCUGUCGAACGAUCGACUGAUAUAGGACAACAGGUUGGAUACUCCAUUCGUGGAGAAAACAGAUCAAGCAAAAACACUAAAUUGCUAUUCUGUACAACUGGUAUCCUUUUACGUCGUUUGCAUUCCGAUCCCACGCUUCAAAACGUAACACACGUUAUGGUCGAUGAAGUACAUGAGCGAUCUGUGGAUUCUGAUUUCUUGUUGAUCAUUUUACGAGAUCUUAUUCGCAAACGCAACGAUCUCAAGCUAAUCCUCAUGUCCGCCACUAUCAACAGCGAAUUCUUUUCAGGGUACUUUGACGGAUGCCCUGUGAUUGAGAUUCCUGGAUUCACUCACCCCGUGGAAGAGCUUUAUAUGGAGGAAAUCGUUGCUCGCACACGCCACACACCAGACUUUAGAGGAACAACUGUAAAGCGAACCAAGAUGACUGAGGCUAUGGAAGAAGAGUGGGAGAAGACCAAAGCUGAGUACGAGAGCGAAGGUUUUGACGCUGAGACGAUUGCCAAGGUCAAGACUAUGGAGGCAUAUGCUGAACGGAUAGACUAUGAACUAAUCACUGCAAGUGUGGCAGAUAUUCUUAAACGCAAGGAACCAGAGGGUAGCAUUGAUGGGGCUAUCCUCAUAUUUUUACCAGGUGUGAUGGAAAUCAAAAAAUGUAUUGAUGCAUUGACACUCUUCUCCAGGACUGUGACCCAGACACUUGAUAUUAUACCCCUACAUGCUGCUCUUACGCCGAAGGAGCAAAGUAGUGUCUUUGCGCCGGUUCGCAAGGGCGUGCGAAAAAUCGUUGUCGCGACCAAUGUCGCUGAGACUAGUAUUACCAUAGAUGGAGUGGUAUACGUCAUUGAUUCGGGACGGGUGAAGGAGACAAGAAUGGAGAACAACAUGACCAAGCUAGUGGAAACUUGGACAUCUUUCGCCUCUACUCGUCAGCGCAAAGGUCGUGCUGGACGUACACGUCCUGGUAUUGUGUAUAAAUUGUUUUCCAGGAAACAGUCUCUCAAGUUGGCGCCGCAGCAGGAUCCUGAGAUCUUACGCAUUCCAUUGGAGCAACUCUGUCUUUCAGUGAAGGCUAUGGGUGAGAAGGACGUCGAAGCGUUCUUAGGUAAGGCCCUCACUCCACCGUCCCUAUCAGCCAUUCAGACAGCACUCAAGGCACUGGAGGAUCUCGGCGCAUUAGAUAGCGUUACGGGAGAAUUGACCCCACUAGGAAGGCAUAUGGCAGAUAUUCCAGCUGAUCUACGGAUCGCCAAAAUGCUUAUCUUUGGAGCCGUGUUUAGAUGCUUGGAGCCCAUUUUGAUUGUGGCUUCAUGCAUGAGUGUCAAGAGUCCAUUUGUAUCGCCCAUGGAUAAGAGAGAUGAGGCUCAAAAUAAGAAGAUGCAAUUUGCAACAGCCAAGUCGGAUCUUUUGACUGCGUGGAAGGCAUAUGACACAUGGGAAAAGAUGAAAGACAAUGGUGCCAGUCGAUCUGAGCUCAAGGCGUUUUGUGAAGAUAAUUUCCUAUCGACAAAUACACUCUUUGAGAUCCAAAACCUUAAAUCCCAAUAUCUUGAAGUCUUGGAUGACAUCGGCUUCACCACUAAAAAUCCGUCCCAACCUCAGAAUCGCCGUCGAUCAGAGAGAUGUUCAUGUGGAGAGGAUAAUGUCCACUCAGAUAACAUGGCACUGAUCAAAGCCAUCAUCCUCUCUGGUUUGUAUCCAAAUGUGAUUAAGAUCAAGAUGCCUGAUGCCAAGUUUGACAAGAUGAUCGCUGGGGCUGUUGAACGUCAGACGGUGACGAAGGAAAUCCGGAUGUUUACUAAGGAUGAUGGACGAGUAUUUCUGCACCCAUCUUCGAUUUUGUUCCAGACAAACCAGUAUCAAGUGCCCUUCUUGGUCUAUUUCUCCAAAUUAGAGACUACUAAGGUCUUUGUUCACGAUGCAACAAUGGUGCCUAUGUAUGGUCUGUUGCUCUUUGGAGGGCAGGUGCAAGUCGAUCAUUUGGGUCGCGGCCUCGAGAUUGGUGAUGGCUUUGUUAAGCUAAGAGCAUUUGCGCGUAUCGGAGUGCUGGUGAACCAAUUAAAGAAACUGCUGGAUGCUAUCUUGCAAGCCAAGGUCCUGAAUCCAGACCUGAAGGUUUCAGAUAACCCAGUCGUUGAAACCAUGAUCAAGCUAGUUACCACUGAUGGUAUUUGAGCGUGAAAUACACCAUCAAUAUUGCAUUUAUUAAUUGAUAACAAUAGACAACACUUAGAGUAAGACAAACAGCAGCAUAACAGUUAUCAUACAUAUACAAAGAAUUACUAGAUGUGACAGUGCAGAGCAUGGCCACCUAUUUG